UUUGUCUCUCAUUCGCGCGAGCCUGUAGUUUUUUUUUUUUUUUUAAUGCAACGAGCGUUUGACGCUUUCGAUUGAACUUUAGUAUAUAAAGGAUCGGUGCGUUGAAGCCGAGGCAUCUGUUUCUCGCUGACCUCGGUACUCGGUACAGUUCUAAGAGUCUACACGCGGUUUUAAGAGUCUGAAAAAUGAAAUUCCUGAUUAUUGCUGUUUUCUCUGCUAUGGUCGUAAGCGCAGCGCUCUCCCUGCCUCUCGAUGAAUUGGAAGACCUCGUUGACGUACAAGAUUGGGAGGAAGCAGUGGUCGACGACAAUGCUGGAAUUAGACAGCGCAGAGUAACCUGUGACUUGCUCAGCUUCGGCGGCAAGGUUGGACACUCCGCAUGCGCCGCAAAUUGCCUGAGCAUGGGUAAAGCCGGCGGUAGAUGCAACGGUGGCGUUUGCCAGUGUCGCAAAACUACUUUUGGUGAUCUUUGGAACAAGCGUUUUGGAUAAGAUUUCAGGCUGGCGCUGUCGCGAUUUUUGUAUUAUUAUAUUUAUAACAUGUAAAUACACGAGUGAUUGAAUAAAUUAUUGAUUUAAUAUGCAA